GUUAUGCUGUAAUAUUGAUUUUGGGGCAGAACAUGCAAAUCAUUACUAAACGAACUGCUCUCCACGUCCAUGUGUUCUCUUCUUCUUCUUCUUCUUCUUCUUCUUCAUCUUCUUGAAUCAGUGCAAAAAGAAAAUCCAUGAAAGCGGGAUGCAGUCGCAGUGUGAAGGGCAUUUGAAUAGGAGGAAAUGGUGUGGGCACAAGGAGAGGUGUUGGAGAAGCGAAAAUGGGGAGAGAGAGGAAGGUAAAAGGGGAGGGAAAGCGGGGCGUUGUGGUGAGAAAUUGAGAUGUGGGGCAGGGGCACUAUGGUUGUUGGUAGCAGUACUGCCGGGGUUUAGGAAGGGGAAGGGUGAGAGAGAGGAAGAGGGAGAUGGAGGUGAUGAGGGAAGCGGGUGCAUAUCCAUAUCCAUAUCAUCGAGGAGAGUUUCUCUGGAAAAAUUCGAAUGCGGUUCAUGGGCUUCGUCGGGCAUGGUGGUUCAUGAGGACAAUGAGGAAAGUGGGAGCCUCUAUUUUGAUCUGCCAAUAGAGUUGAUAAGGAACAGCGUCAGCGUCAGCGUGGGCGCACAAUCACCAGUAAAAGCCGCAUUUGUAUUCGACAAAGCAAAAUUAGCUGCCGCCGCCGCCGCCUCGUCAGUAUCAGUACGUGCAUCUGCCCCGCCCACACCAACUUCAUCUUCAAUCGUCAUUACCCCACGCUUGCGCAAAGCUAGGGAAGAGUUCAAUGCACUUCUGGAAGCGCAUACUACUACUCUCUGAGUUAUCACCUCACUCACCACCCAUCUCCUCGCUUACAAUACAAGCCUGUCUUUGCUUUGCUCCUUUCCAAUCGUACAUCUCUAACUCCUAAUAGUCUCAUUUUUCUUCUUUAAUUCUAUUCAAAUAUGGAGUGAGUGACGCGGGUUUUAUUCAUUUAUUAAAUUUUUUAAGAAAAAACAAGUGCCUCAAAUUUGAC